CACACAAGGAAGACUUGGCAAUGAGUCGUACAGUAACCUAUAGGUGUCGGAGACCUUUACAUUUUCAGGGAAGUGAUGUUUGUCUUUUAAAUGAUUAAUUAUUUCGCCUGAGAAUUACACAUCAACACAUGAUUGAGAAACACGCGAACUUCUGGACUGUCGGUUUGCGCCAGGGGGAGUCAUUGAAAGAGCCGGGGAAUAGUUUUUACUCGACAUCAACUGUAUUAGUUUAGGAACAGUUAGCUUGUUGUACACUGCAGUUUAAAAUAUCUCUGUGCAGUUAUCUUGAAAAACAUCUGUAGUUGUUUGUCGGUUUUCUCUCCUUUAAUUUGAUGGCAAAGUUUGAAAAUUUGAGCUGUCUUUUCAAAUGACGUGGACGAGCACCAUGAGUAGUGGUUACAGUAGUUUAGAAGAAGACUCCGAGGAAUAUUUUUUUACGGCUCGAACUUCGUUUUUCAAGAAGCCCCUGGGAAAACCCACUGAUGGAAAGGAUGUCGAGAAGGAGAAGGAACAGCGGACUCAGCUCAGUCGAGAAGAGCUCAGACAAAAGGUUGACCUGUACAAUGCCGCUACACGAGACCAUCUCAAAAUGACACUGAACCCCAAUGGGUUGUACACUGGUUUCAUAAAGGUGCAGAUGGAGCUGAGGAGGCCCAUUACCGUGCGCGGAGCCAAUCACAGUGGGACCUCAGUGGGCCAGGAGGCCUUCUAUCUCCCCCGGGGCUCAGUCAACACCCUACACAUCAGCAGCAACAACACAGUCAGGCAGGUGAUUGAAGCCCUGCUGCAGAAAUUCACCGUGGCCGACAACCCUGCCAAGUUCGCCCUUUACAAACGCUUCCGAAGAGAAGACCAGGUGUACGUAUGUAAGCUAGCUGAAGGAGAGCAUCCUCUGUAUCUGCGGCUGACCGCUGGUCCAAAUCCAGACUCACUCAGCUUUGUCCUGAGGGAACAGCAGACUGGGGAGGUCAUGUGGGAUGCGUUCUCCAUUCCAGAGCUGUACAACUUCCUGCGAAUCCUGGAUAGAGAGGAGGAGGAGCAGAUGCGUAUUCUGACCAGUCGCUACAAAAACUACAGGGAGAAACUGGAGGAGGCACUGAGGACCGCGAGCAAGCCAGGCUAAUGGAGAUACGGCCGAGAGAGAGAGAGAGAGAGAGAGAGAGAGAGAGAGAGAGAGAGAACUGAGAGAGGGAGGAGGCCAUAAAGGACUGAGCCCAUGAAGGGACAACCAGAAACUGUGGAGCAGUGUGACCAUGUUUCUUUGAGAAACUCCUUUGUGCAGUACACAGAAUGAACACUAGUAGGACGUGUCACUGUGGAGUUUGUGUGGGUGCCCUCUCGUUAACACCCAAAGAACCCGGGAGACACAGCUGGAUUCCCUGAAUACACUGCUAGUGCCAUAUUCACACACACACUCUCCUCCACUCUCUCCUUUCUGGAUGGUUAUUUUAAUAUCUCUCUGGCUGUCUUUUUUUUCCCUGUUCUGUUCAGUUACCUCUUGAACUGAGAUUUAGAUAUAUCUAACUUUUAUUUAAUGGGUGGAUGCUAUGUUUGUAAAUAUUUCUGUUAAAUGUUUUAAUUUAUGUGGGUGAAGCUUUAUUCUCGUUAUACUUACUUUAAAAAGUCUUAUUUUAAUGCAAAGUGGCAUAGCAACAGUCUUGUUACUUUGAGAUCAGAGCAUCCUAUGGCAUUGAUCCUUUAUCAGGUGUGUGUGUUUUUAUUUGUCUGAGAGGGCCCGAUUGCAUAGACAGAACAAGCACAGAAGACCUAAAUGACCAUUGGUAUGUGGAGUCAUGGGCCUACACUGAUUCUAUGUGACUAAAUGACAAAUGGAAUGACUAGAGACAGGUGGAUCAUUUCUGACAGGAAGGCAGAUAUGACUAAGAAGAUGUUUAAGGGCAGAAGAAUAAAAAAGAAAAGACAGGAAAUGUAGAGGAUAUGUAGAGAACAGGAUCCGGAGCGCAUAACCAAGGCAGCCUUUGUUUGCCUUGCUUACAGGCCACGUAUGCUGUUUGUUAGAUGGUUUCUAGAGCACGUUGGAUAGUUGAAAGAGAGGAGAUCAGAGGAACGCUGCAGUACAAGUGUACCAGUGUAGGAAUAAAUUUGCGGAAUUAUGAAAUUGACCUUUGACCUCUGAACUCGUAUACAGAAGUGCUGAGCAGGGGCAGUGUCAAAAGGGCAGGUUGCCAUGGGAAUGAAAAGAACUCCUGAAAGUUGAUGAAGAGGUCCAGAGGAAGUUGUAAAGUAAGUUGGGGGCAGUCAUUCACUGGUCUGGGACAGAAAUGGAGCUAGAGGGACACACGCUAAUGUAUCUGCAAGGCUUUAGUGUAACAAGAGUGAUGGAGUCCCUCCAAAGCCUCACAUGUUCACUGCUGCCUCAUGUCAAAGAUAAGGGUGAGAAACAAAGAGCUGUGCCGUUUCUGUUUGGUAACAGUUGUACACAGGCGUGUCGCUCCUUAUCUGUGCUGCGCGGAAAGGGCAUUAAAAACGGGCUCGAAAAGGCCUGAAUGACUGGCGGUGCAAUAUCUCCCAAAGGGAGCUGUUAGGGUAUGAAUAGCAUGAAGACAACAUGGUGCAAAACUCCUGCAGUCUUUUGUAGAUUAAGAACAGACUCUGUAAGGUUGAGGAUGGGCAGAUGUAUGUGUGAGAGAGCGUUAGAUCAGUUAAGAUCAGUUCACUCUCAACUUUGAACUCGCUAACCUCUUGGAGCUGUACUUCAUUUUCUGUAUGCAGUGUACAUGGGCUCAUUAAUCUGUGAUGCAUGGCCAACCUUCUGAAACACAGGGAGAGGAGAUUAGUCUGAUGUCAUCAACAUAUUGACUAGUGUUGACGAAUGAGACCAUGGAUGAGGGUGGGUUUUUCACCUGUUGUGUGACAGAAAAUAAAGAUGUAGAGCACUUUCAACAUAGAAGAUGACUGUUUGUCUCACACCCUCAAGGUAAAAAUAGCCUACUCACUGAGUGCUGUAGUGUUGUGAAGCAAUCUAUGCAGAACCUAGUCAAUGGCACUUUAGAUUGGACAAUCUUUCAGUGGGCUGUGCUACAUGGUCAAUAUUCGGGCAUAACCCACACGUAAAUGCUUGUGCGUCGGAAGAAUUAUCAUAUGUCACUGUUAUCGUACAUAUUUUCUGCUAGUACUGCAUGAUGAUUUUUUUUUUCUGAUGGGUACGGCAUUGUAAUCUUUAAAACGUUUGUCCACGUUUGGCCUAAUUGCAUGGUGAAAUGGCGACAUCUAUGGGUUAACUGCUGUUAUUGCAAUAAUAGUUAUAAGAGUAGUCUAUGAUCUGUGUCGGAGUUUACUUAAAUUUGUUUGAAACACAGGAUAUUUACCUGUCUUUUCAGGUGAUUUAUUUGUGCUAUAUAUAACCAAAGAUAUAAAUAAAAAGACACAUGGGUGUAGUUUAAUUUAAAUAGACAGAGAUUUGCCUGGUGCAGUUUACAUUUCACUAAAUUGAAGGUAAUCGUUAGGUGUGUCAAAGAGUUUACCCGUAGCAACGUAAUGUUCCCUUAAACACUGGCUUUAAUAUGAUUUAGAAUCAAAUAUCUACGUAUCGUUGCAGGGGUAAUUUUAUUUUUCACCGCCAAGCCAUUGUUUUAAAGAUAUUGUGUGGUUUCUAAAGACAGCUAAAAACCGUUUAGUCUGCAGGGCAAUCUGAGGCCUGAAGACGAUCAAUGAUCUAGAAAAGCUCUUUUUUUGGGCACUUUAAGUUUUAAUUCAGGGAUUUGGCUUUUUUUUCUUUUUGACUCCUUUUCAUCAAAUGCCUGUUAUUUUUCCAACGUUAUAACGCAGUUGUUUUCAAAGAAAAUUUUGAAAUGUUUAAUGGAAGUUUUUUCUUUCUGUUUUAAAACUUGAUAUAUUGAGUCUCUGUAUUUGUCAUUUAGAGUAAGACUGUGAACGUUUCCUGAAAUUGCAACUCGUUUUAGCCCGUUGUUUUUAAUUAAAGGUUAUUAGACAGGAGUUUAUUACUUAAAUAACUACGUUGUAGCCUGCUUCUUCCAUUAUGUUUAAUGCAUAGCCCACUCUUAGUGGCUGUUAGGAAAACGGGCCAGUGUUGUUUAAAAAUAUUGUAUAGUAUAGCAAUUAUAAUAUAACGCUGUACCAUUCUAAAUAGUUGAUUGCCAAAAAUAUCUGAAGGGCUUCAUGACAUGAUUAUUGCUUAUAAGACAACAUCUCUGAAGAAUUUUCAUAACGGAGCUUGAGAUAAAACAGAAAAAUCGUUUAGUGACAGAAAUGUCACAGGUUUCGGUUAACGGUAAAUUAGACGGUACUGCUAAGUAAAAAAAAAAGUUUAAUAUCUGAGGGCUGAAAUGCAAAGACAGGGAAUGAAAUAAAGAGGUGGAAUACUAUAUUAUCAAUGUUGUAUUAGAAAUAUUGAUGCACGUUUAUUUUUGUAGGUAACCAUUUACUUCAAAAUUGUUACCAAAUGUGGCCUUUAUUGUGAAAGACAAAAAGUAUUGUUAAAGACAAAAAGACAAAUAAAGUUGCAUUUUUUCCUUAAAAA